AUGGCUGCGAUCAUUAUGACGGCCAUUAUGCUCUGGCAUGUGCAUUCGAAAUACACAGCCGUCGGUCGUAAAGAAAUUCUCUUAUUUUUGUACAUCUAUGCUGUUUCUGAGUUCCUUGUGAUGUUCCUGGAUUCUGCUGUGAUUCCCACAUACACUGGCGCUUAUUUGUGGUUCACGGCCAUAUACGUUGGUCUUAAGUGCGCCAUUUUCUGGUGCCUUAUGCUAAAUGGAUUCGUUGGUUUUCAGUUUGCAGAAGAUGGAUCCGCCGUAUCCUUGUGGACUAUGCGUAUCAGCUCGAUUGUCGUUUUUAUCGUUUCGUUGAUUGUGGCAGGGGAGACUUACAAGAAGAAUUUGGGUGAGGGUGGUCUCUGGUUCUUUGAAUUCCCCUUCCCUAUCAUAAUGGUGCUCAUCUAUGUCGUGUCACAGGUGAUUCUCGUGGUGCGUACACUCGAUGAGAUCUGGCCCAUCAACGAUAUCAUUAUGGGGUGCCUGGCCUUUGUGUCUGGUUUGAUUCUCAUGUACGGCUUCAACAACCCUAUAUGCGAGAAUGUGAAUCACUACAUCGAUGGCACAUUCUUCGGGGCCCUGUGCUCCCUAUUCUCAGUCAUGAUGGUGUACAAGUUCUGGGACUCCAUCACCAAGGAAGACCUCGAGUUUAGCGUUGGUGCUCGCCAUUCAAAUUGGGACGCCAAAGAAACUUUGAUUCAGACCGAUUUUGAAGGGUCUGUGCAGAGUCAUGAUAUGAUUCCCCGUGGCAUGUCUAAGACAUUUGAGCCCUCACGCACUCCCUCGCCACCCGAUCACAAUGACUCAGCUCCCUCGGGCUUUCCGUAUGGCCGGGGGAUGACUCGUGAAUCUUCGGGCGGGAGCUCUUUCUAUGUUCCUGAUUAG